AUGGCAAAUGUUGGAAAAGUUUUGGCUACAAUCAAAGCAGUGAUCACUCGUUUAGUUUUCGCCUGCCACGGGAUAAUAGCAAUAUGGCAAGUGACUGUUUUUAAAAAAGACAUAGAAUACUGGUAUUUGGCCACUCCGAUAUUGUUGCUGAUAUUUGAAGGAAUUUUCACGCUGACUAUAAAAGAGAAUCAGGAGUGGAAAUGGUUCUGCCCAUCAGUAUUCAUCUACCUAGGCCUCGUGGUGCCAGCAAUAUGGCUGCUGGAGCUACACAAGGUGGACAUGCGGCGCGAAGACCAACAGAACAGCGUCACCACACCCUCGUCUUACGUCGAGACCAACUUCCCGAACCCCUUGAACACCAAGAUCGAUACAGACAUGUGGGUGACCCUGAUCGAACAGUUCCUUAUGCUGACCCUGAUCGUCGGCCGCUGGCUUCUACCCAAAGGUGACCUGACGAGAGACCAGCUCAGCCAGCUGCUUUUGGUGUAUAUUGGCACGGCGGCGGACAUAAUCGAAUUCUUCGAUUCCUUCAAAGACCAGAAGGUUGCGUCAGAGAAAGUCCUGGUCCUCUUGACCCUGGCCAUCUGGUCGUGGUCCCUGAUGCAGUUCACCGUCGUUCUGACAGCCACCAAGAGCAGGAAGUCCCGGGGGACAGCCAAUAGGUCUGAAAUAAACAGCCGCGCGUGCUGCUGCUCCAUCGAAGUGUGCGCCAUCAUCAUGAACAUAGCGCUUCAAGACGCCCCCUUCCUGGCGUUCAGGCUGCUCAUCAUCUGUCACUACAAAAUCAUCAACUAUAUGAACAUCUUCUUCACUUGCAAGAACACGUUGGUAAUCUUGCUCCAAAUAUACCGUCUCUACGUCCUACACUUAGAGACGGUAGACGAAGGCAACGGGGGCUCCGUGUACAGAAAGAAAAAGAAGAACAAAUCCAGCGACAAGAAGGAGAAGGACAAAAAAGAUAAACACAAAAAACACAAAACGAAGAAACAUAAAAAGAAGCAUGAAAUCGGAGAGACUUCCAUAUCAGUCAUCAGUGACGGCAAGAAACACGACAGAGUCGAUGGUGGAAGGAUCAGGUGA